CGUUUGGUCGGAAAGGGGCUUUCCUUAUUUCUUCCCCCAGUCCCAUAGUUCCUCUCUCUCCCUCCCCUACGGGCCUCUGCAUUUUUCUCAUUUCCCGUGGGUCGUUAGCGCCGCCGCGUCCCUCUCCUGGCUUUCGACGCCGAUCUCCCCGGAGCCAGCGCGCCGCCCCACGCCACCAGGGGCAUCUUGAACGUUCCUAGACAACCCCGCCUCGCUCUCGAAUCCACCAGGCCACCGCAACGAGAUUUGGUUAAGGUUUAGAUGGGUGUGAAACAAGCUAUAAAGAGCCUCGAUGCAUUUCCUCGUGCAGAGGACCACUUGCUGCAGAAAACUCAAUCUGGCGCACUUGUCUCCGUUUUUGGACUAGUGAUAAUGGCAAUAUUGUUCCUGCAUGAGCUGCGAUAUUACAUUACCACCUAUACCAUUCAUCAGAUGUCAGUUGAUUUGAAACGUGGAGAAACUCUUCCAAUCCACAUAAAUAUGACAUUUCCAUCUUUACCAUGUGAUGUUGUUAGCAUUGACGCGAUUGACAUGUCAGGAAAGCACGAAGUUGAUCUUGAUACUAACAUAUGGAAACUGCGCUUGAAUAGUUACGGGCAUAUUAUUGGCACUGAGUAUCUGUCUGAUCUUGUGGAAAAGGAACACACAGUGGACAAGCAUGAUGGUGAUAAAGAUCAGCAUGAGGAUUCGGAUAAAAAAACUCACGGUUUUGAUCAAGCGGCAGAAAAUAUGAUCAAGAAAGUGAAACAAGCGUUGGCACAUGGAGAAGGAUGCCGGGUUUAUGGGGUCUUAGAUGUCCAAAGGGUUGCUGGAAAUUUUCACAUUUCAGUUCAUGGCUUAAACAUUUAUGUUGCCCAAAUGAUUUUUGAAGGAUCUAAUAAUGUGAACGUUAGCCACGUUAUUCAUGAUUUGUCAUUUGGCCCAAAAUAUCCGGGAAUUCACAAUCCACUUGAUGGGACAGUACGUGUAUUGCAUGACACAAGUGGAACAUUCAAAUAUUACAUAAAGAUUGUUCCUACUGAAUAUAGAUAUAUCUCAAAAGAAGUUUUACCAACCAACCAAUUCUCUGUCACGGAAUACUUCUCCCCCAUGAAAGAGUUUGAUAGGACAUGGCCAGCUGUCUACUUUUUGUAUGAUUUGUCGCCUAUUACUGUGACCAUCAGAGAAGAACGUCGCAGUUUUCUGCACCUCAUCACCCGACUAUGUGCUGUACUAGGCGGUACCUUUGCUUUAACAGGAAUGCUAGACCGUUGGAUGUACAGGCUUCUUGAGGCUCUGACUAAACCUAAUGCUAGGAGUGUAUUUCGGUAAAGUUGGGGUUUAAAAUAACCAUCAGCUUCACAUGGCAUCUCCAAGGAAUUCCUGAUGCAAUUAAGAUGGUGAGUUUCCCAAGUUCAGCAUCUGAUCUUGGAUGUAAAAUGCAGAAGGCAAGAGUUAAACUCAACACUGCUUGUGUGAGAAAUGAUUGUAAUGACAUUGACAUUGUCAUCUGUUUAUAUCGCUAAUUAUUUGGUAUCAAUAGCAUUGCAGCUCCAGGGGAAUUUUUUUAA